AUGUCACUCAAUUCACGAUAUGUCAACGACAGCUUAUAUAAGAGCCAUUAAGAACAUUUAAAUUAGAUGAUAUCACAAUAUUGCGAUUAAGUGAAUGUUAAUUCAAUAGAGAAUGAUUCAUAAUUUUAUGAUGGGUUCAAGUUUCAGGCAGCACAUUAAUAAAUAUGUAUAGAUUUACAUUUUAAUUAGCUGACCUCAUAUCAUUGGUUGAGAUUAGUUCUAAGUUAGAUGAAGGAAAAAGAUAGUUAUCAACUUAAAUAUUAGGUUAAGCUUAAUAGAUUCUGAAGAAUUAUAGUUCAUAACAGAGCUUAAUUAAAGUUAAGAUAACUUAGUCAUUGUUCAAUCUCUAAAGAGAUACAAUAAGAACAAUAUAAGAAGUCCAUGAUGCAUUUAGUUUAAUAGAAUCAAUUAAAUGGCCGUGUAAAGGACCUACUAAUAAAUAAUAUGACAAACAUCUACGUGCUUUGGAAAGGCAGUGCUUUUUUUGGGAAUAAGUGUUGUUGUUGGAAAAUAGAACUACAAAUGCAAUAUCUACAAAUGAAUUUAAAUAACGUUUAAAUCACUGGUUUGAAUAAUUCGCAAAUGAAAUAAGAACGAAGAAUUCAGAUAACCUGAAAAAAUCCAAAAAAGGAUAUUUGGAUACAUAACUGAGAAAUGCUCAUGAAAUGUAUGCAGGUUUAGGAAUAGAGAAGAAUAGACAUAGUGCGCUAUAAAUAUACAAAAGACUUGCAGAAGACAACCAUCCAAUAGCUUAAGCAAUUAUGGGACAGAUAUUUAUGGAUGGAGAUAUUGGGGAAAAAGAUUAUGAUCAGGUAAUGAAUUUUAACACCACUUGUGGUAGGCUUUUAACUAUUUUAAAUUGAGUGCUGACCAAGGACAUACAUUUAGUGUCUAUUGGGCAUCUAGAUUAAUAUUAGUAAUUAAAUCUAAAUAAUCUAUUAGGAAGAGAAAGUUUUUGACAAAUUUUUCGAAAAAGAUGAUCAAUAGAGUAGAAAAUCAAGUGUGACUGUUAUUAAAACUAAAGACUGUGAUUUAGCUAUUAAACUAUUAAGAAAGGCAGCAGAAUUGGAACAUGUGCCUUCUAUGAACUAUUUAGGUGAUUUGUACACCUCUGGUUUAGAAUUAUAAAAUUGUAAAAUUGAUAAUUAUAAAUAAUAAUGAUAGACUCUUUGGAGAAAGAUUUCUAAGAUGCUGAAUACUUUUAUAAGUUAGCUCAAAAAAGGAAUUCAGUUGAAGCUACAUAUAAAUUAUCUUUAUUGUAUUAAGAAAUGAGCAAAUAAAAUUUAAAUAAAGUAAAUAUAAAUAUUCAUAUAUAAUCUAGAAUAGAAAAUAAUUAAUAUACCCGUUACUUAAUCAAGCCAAGAAUUAAGACUAUUUACCAGCAUUUUACGAUCUUGGAAUGGUGUUGUUAAAUGGUUUAGGAGAAGAAUUAUAAUCUAAUCCUAUAAUGGCUGACUUAAUUUUCGAAUAAGGUGCACUAAAUGGUGAUUUAAAGUGUGCCAAGAAAUUACUUAAUCUUCGUUUUCAAAGUUUACAGAGAGAGGAAGGUUCGAUAAACGAUUUUCUUUCUUUAUUAGAUUAGUUGGAAGAUAUUUUGAAAGAUUAAUCAAUAAUAAAUCAUAUGAGAGGUAAGGUUUAUUAAAAGGGGAUAUAAUGUGAGAAGAAUUUAUAAAAAGCAGUUGAAUAAUUUAGGUAUUUGUUAUUAGAUGAAAAUAGGAUAGGAUAGUGGAGGGGAUGUCUAAAAUGCAGAGCUUAGUUAGAAAAGUUAUUAAAAGACAAAGAAGAGUUACCAACAAGUUCAUAAUAAUCGUCAUUAUAAAAAUUAAAUAUUUAAGGAGGAUUUAUUGAUUAAGUGAAAUAGAGUGAUUAAAGAAAAGCAUAUUAAAUUUAGAAAGGAAAGAUUUCAUAAAAUAAUAGAUCGAUUCCUUUAGAAUAAGAGAAUCAAUCUACUAGAUAAGAUAGACAUACAAUAAUGACAAUAAGUAUAGUUAAACCAAAUGAGGUGAAUGAUUAAGAUAGAAAAAGGGGAGGUUCUGAAUACAAUAGUUUUAAAAGAGGGGAAAGCAGUGUUGUGCUAUCCUAAUUAAAACUAUAAAUUCAAUCACCCUAAUAAUAAUAAUCAUCAACAAGAUUUGAUCAAUAACAAUAAUCUUAAUAUGGAUCUCCUCGUCAACCCUCUUUAAUUAAUAUAUCUUCAAAUUCUUCUAAGAAAGAUCGCUUUAAUUUUACUAAAUUACCAAGUCAUAGAUCUAUCAAUUCUUCAAAAUAUCUAUUCAACCAACCUUGA